AAUUAUUUCUGCAAAGAUUUCUGCCAAAGAUCAACAAUAAAAAGGAGUGCGACAUACCUCGCCAAAGUGGCUGUCCACGGAGAGUUCCGACCAGGCCUUAAAAAAAGGCACCAGUCGGAAUUAACAAAAUAUUUUCAUACUUUUGAAUUAAGAUCAAAAAUACAAAAAAUGAAGAAACCAUUUCUCAUUCUCUGCCUGGCUGUGGCGUAUGGAGCCUGUCUACCACAUGGUGAAGUGACUGAAAUACAAUACAAUGGAGAUUAUGAAAUGAAUUUCACAGAUGUGCCUUUUGAAAAAUUUCACUCAAGGCAUAAAAGAAAUUUAUUAUCACCAAUUACAGCACCGCUGGAUAUGACAUUACGCUUAUGUGGAAUUAGUAAUGAUGCUAUACAAACAAGUGUAAACCUCGUAAAAUUCAUAUUUGGAGCAUUGACCGGACAAAAUGUGUGUCCUAAAACAGAAGGGUCAUCCUUAAUUUUGUUGAUCCCGCAGAUGAUAUUGAAUCCUAUAAAAGCCGUCGAAACCUUAAUAUGCUACACUUUCCAAGCAAUUGGAAACGGAAGCCGUGCAUUAAUGACGAAAAUAUUUGACCUAUCUAUACAAUUUGUUAAAUAUGUAUUUCUACCAGGAUUGCAUGCGACUUUAAAUGCCAUAAAUAAUACUGGUCUUUUACCUCCACAAAUCAGCGCUUUGAUUGAGGUUUUCAAUAUAAUUUAUAAAUUUGCACAACUACUUGGAUAUCUUCCUAAAUAAAAUUUAAUUCCCAUUGUUUAAGAUACAUUGAAAAUUAUAAAUUAAAGAAAAAUAUAUUUGGACUCUUCAUUUUACCUUAUGCUUUUCAGUUCAAUUCAACAAAAGAUCGAUAUAUUAAUUUUCUGUCGCAUGUAAUGUUAGGUCAAUAUGUAUAUAUAAAAGAGAAUUAACAAAUCAUUAAAACACUAAAAAUUUUUAAAUAAAAUUGAUGUAGACAAAGACGCAUGUUCGCACAAUGUAAUCGCUAUGUUCAAAUAAUUAAAAAGAUUUAAACAUUAUGUAAAUGCAAUUGUGCAAUUCAUACUUUGUGAUUCAAUUAUAAACGUUCAAUUAUAAACAAUUGAUUACAUAUCCUUUUUAAAAAUUUUUGUAGAUGCUAAAAAAAGAAAAAUAAGUUAUAAAAAUAAAAUUAAUAAACAAUAACUAGUUAGAAAAAAUUAUUAUUUAUUUGUAUGUAUUCUCUUGUAUAAACAAAACGUUACUAAUAUAUACAAGAUAAGGUUAGUCUCAUAAAAAAUUAUUUCAUACAUAUACAAAUAUAUAUAUUUCUGUGAAAUCUGUCAUAAAGAAACAUGUUUGAAUAAAGAUAUAGGCAA